AUGUCUGGACCUGGUGUUGGCUUCGAGUACCCUGCUGCCGAGGUCUCGUGGCUGCAGCGUGAUGUCUUGCUUUUCGCAAACACAAUCGGCGCGAAAUCCGACGAGCUUCAUUUCCUCUACGAGCUCCAUCCCAACUUCGCCGUCUUCCCAACCUACCCAAUCAUCCUGCCCUUCAAGGGCAAUUCACAGGAGGUUGUAGAUUUCUACGGCUCACAGAAGAAGAACCCCAUCCCGGGCGUCCCUGAGUUCGACGCCCGCCGUGUGGUCGAUGGCCAGCGCAAGAUUGAGUUCUUCAAGCCCCUCCCCACCUCCUCGGCGGGCAAGAAGUUUGAGAUCCGCACCAAAGUGCUUGGUGUCUACGACAAGGGCCGUCCCGGCUCCGUUGUCGAGACGCAGACCGAUCUCGUGGACGUCAGCAAUGGCGAGAUAUAUACUCGCGUGAUCGGGAGCGGCUUCUACAUUGGCCAGGGCAACUGGGGAGGACCCAAGGGCCCCGCGACGGAGAGCUUCCCCCCACCCAAGGGGAAGAAGCCCGACCACGUCCUGGAGCACCAGACCACAGAGGAGUCGGCGUUGCUGUACCGCCUGAACGGCGACUACAACCCGCUCCAUGCGACGCCCGAGCCCGGAAAGAAGAUGGGAUUCGGCGGCGCCAUCAUCCACGGACUUUACUCGUGGAACACGACGUGCCAUGCGCUCCUCAAGGCGGUCGGCGGAGGCGACCCCGCCAACAUCAAGGAGUACCAGGCGCGGUUUGCCAGCCCUGUCAAGCCCGGGGACAAGCUUGUGACUCAUGUUUGGAGGACCGGAGAGAAGCAGGGUGAUUUUGAAGAGAUCCGGUUCGCCACCGAGGUAGCCGGCGGCAAGGUCUGCUUGAGCAAUGGCCGUGCGCUUAUCAAGGUGGUUGGUGGUGACCAGAGCAAGCUGUAG